AUGAUACGUUUGAACCAAUCAGUUUAUGGUGGGCGUGGAGAGGUCCUCUCGCCGGCUAAAUUCAUUCCUCAUUCCGCACAAUCGUUCCAUUAUACUAGAAUGGCGACUGCUGCCUUUGGUCGUCAAUGUACAACAGGAAGUAAUACUGCCAAAUCACACAAAGAACACCUGAGAAAAGGUAAGGAUUCACGACGGAGACAGGCGGCUCUUUUGUUCCUCAACAACAUAUCUUUAGACGGAAGGCCUUUGUAUCAUCUCAGUAAUGGAAACCACGGUCAAAGGGAGGCCGCCGAGCUCCGAAGUCGAGACGCCACCGGGGCACAGGCGACUGGACACCCUCUUUUCUCACCGAAUAUCUACGGAACCGUCUCCCUUGUGGCACCCUCCUUGGCCGGUGGCGCUGCUACUACUGUGGCGGGGAUUGGGGGACUGAGUCCAGUCCCUCCUAAUUUGGGCAUGUCUACAUACACGGGCUCAAGUACUGCUGUUGGGUGUAGUGAGGUGUUUUUUGAGGGUGUAGACCCCAUGGUACCCCCAGAUACCCCUCUGUCCCCCACCUCUGGACCUCAGACAUUCAAUCCAAGUGCCAAAUCAUCAUUUGUGCUCCAGACUCAGAAUUCCGUGCCGGGGGAUACAUAUCAAAGGUGGGAAAUAUUAUCUAGCUACUACAUUUUUGUUAUAGGGUGGUAAUCAAUAAGCGAUUAAUCUGUCAUAAUAACCAUCAGUCACGACUAGGUGUUAUUCACCCUGCUUUUGUAAUCAUUGUAACAACAUUGUCUAUUUCAACGUUUGACAGAAUAGGCCUGAUUUAUAAAGGUGGUCUAUUUACUUCCGCAUAUUUCAUUUCAUUUCAUUAUAGAAAUCUACGAUAACUCAAAUGGCCACAGACUAGACCUUACUUCGAAAUUGUAGUUGUUAUUUAGAAAAUCUAUUUCCCAAAGCAAUCAUUAGAAAACGUCUUAAUUGUCAGCUGCCCCAUUGAGAAAAUCUUAUCUGCCUGUCAGUCCUUUAAAAACCAUUGGCAGCUACAAGUGUAGCUGAGGAACGCUCAACUCUGUACUCCAGUAUCAAGGCAGAGUUGAGUUUUGGUUCAAGAAGUUGUGCAGCACUUGUAGCUGAGAAACGCUUAGCUGCUUUUAGCAACGCUAGUAUGUUACACUAGCAUUGCUAGGAAUGAGCUUGUAAAAAAAAAACGAAAUAGCCCGUCAGAAGCGAGAAGUUAAAUAAAAUAGGGUUGGUCCUUAUGCAGGGUGGAAAUUGGUCGCGCGAUUUACUAGCAACAAGUCAUACAUCAGUCGAAAAAUGUCAAUUCUGAAAACGCUUACCUGUCCCAAAGUUUGUCAUGUACAACCGCGUUCCUUCCGCGGGAUCCGGAAUUCACACUUUUAAUAAACACUUAUCGAAUACAACCACCAACCCUUUCCUAAUUUGUUGCUCAACUCAGCGCGAAUGCUCAUGUGCAAAUUGAAUCUCGGUUUACAUCAAGGACGCUACGUGAGCAACACAAAUGAGAGAAAGUCGGUUUUAUUCGAUACAUUUUUAUAAAAGAAAAAAAUGAAUUUCAGUACUACGCGGAAGGACCGCGGUUGUACAGGACAAACAUAAGUACUGUAGGCCUACAGGUAAGCGUUUUCAGAAUUGAACUUUUUACAAGGUUUGACUGAUGGUGACUCAAUGUUGUUACUAGCAAAUCGGCGACCAGUUAUCAAAACUAAACUCUGCCUUGAUAAAAGAGAACAGUUGGGCGUUGCUUUUAACGCUAGUAUUUAAACACUAGGGUUGCUGGAAAUAAGCGUGCAAAAAACGGAAUAGUCAGCCGGAAGCCAGAAGUUAAAUAAAACACUAUUUUAAAUUGCUCUGUCCAUUGUCUGUAUGCUUGCUCCUUAUGCAGGGAAAAAUCAACAACAAAAAAAACAUAAUGGAACUUAGAAUGAAACAGAAUUUCAGAACGUGGGUCUGUUGUAGCCCAUGCAGUUCCUCAUCAAGGUCAGUUCCUCUCCUUACCUCGUGUCCCCCACAAGUUCUUGCUUUUUUUGUGCAGGUAUGGCGCACGUGCAGGACUUUUAUUUUGACAUGAGGUUAGCAGAGAGGAAGUUGGUAUUAAAUAGACCCAUGUUUGAAAAGUCUGUUUAAUUUAUGUUCUAUUGGAUGUUUUUUUUCUCAAUUCCCGCCCUGCAUAAGGACCAACCAUAUGGACAAUCGGCAGGGCAGUAAGUUUAAAUAUAAUUUUAUUUAACUUAUCGCUUCUGACGGACUCUUUCGUUUUUUUUACAAGCUAAUUAUUAGCAAUGCUAGUGUGUAAGAUACUAGCGGUGCUAAAAGCUGCUAACCAUUCCUCAGCUACAAGUGUUGCACAACUCAUCACUGAAUUAAACUAAAGUUUCAUACAAUUAUCUGAUAGUUCUUACAUAUUUUGUUGAUAUUGGUUUGUUUAUUUUAACAUUCUCUUUAAUGCUGUGCUUUGUGUAAACAUUACAUUUAGUGUUGUCAGACCCUCCUGUGUUAUCAUCUCACCCUCGCCUCCCGCCACCACAUCGGUCUUGCUCUGCAUCUUACCUCUCCGUCAUUCUCUCUGAUCAUGUUUAGAAAAACAGACAUAUUACUUCAACUCCCUCUCACACAAUAUUGUGAUUUUGGCAUUAUUAUUCAGAUAUGUGAUUUAAAGGAAUAUACAAGGCCUUCCUUCGUUUAUUAUUUCAAGAAAAUGGUUCAUUCUACCUCUAUAUUUGUCUACCUCCAUAUUCUAAAACUCACUGACAAAUGAUAUGGUACUGCUGCUACCUGUUGGUCCAGACAUUAGACAUGACUAAUAUUGACGUUUAAUUGACAAUUAUUUUUAUGUGUUCUCCAUUUUGUCUUAGAUCACGGAAUCAUUCGGGCUCUCCAGGACCUGCAAGGGUGGCCAAGAAGGUCCACUUUAUCAAGAAUAUGAGGCAAUACGACACAAGAGGCAGCAGGUGAGUUUAAGUAGUAGAUGAUGGCGCAGGAGAUGUGUGGAGUAAACUGAGUAUUCUAAUGAAAUGAACAACCAAAACAAAACGUAUAAAGCAUUCUUCUAUAGGCAUUUUAGUCACCUCCAUGACAUACAGGAAAUUCGUUUAUUGCAUUGAUAAGCAUAGCCUUUAUAGAGAAGAGGGAAGAAGAUUGCAAAUGCCUUAUGUGUUUUCCAUUAAGUGGCUUUACAGCCAGUGCAAUACUAAGCCCCGCUGCAAUGCAAACUCAUAAGUUUGGCUUUAAACUAAGAGACCUGCUGGAACUUAGAUAACUCACUUAGCUAGGCCCUUAAACGAGUAACAGAAGGACUGUGUGGAUUGCAACAGUGAAUUUAAUCAAAUCAAAACACUAAAGGGGUGUCCUGUGAAAAUAUAACCCUCCCUGGCAAUAACAGUAAAAUACACCUUAUGUAAAAUGAGACUGAAAUAUCAUGCUCAAGCUGCACCCAACCUAUUCUCUCUCUAUUUAACUUAGUCUCUUACUCAAUGUGUUUUUUAUGAAUGAGGAACCUGGGUAAGGCCUAUAGUGCUACGGCUACAGCCUAGUCAGGUUGUCUUCGAAAGAAAAGUUUCCCAGGAGACAAAGAUAAGACACACAUUCUUCAAAUCUUAUCUGUUUCAACAAGGCAAACUGUUUUAGAAGCACUCUCAUUUCUCCCUACCUGAAAAUUACUUCAUCGUAGACAAUAUAACGUCCAUAGUCUCACGUUUGCAUGUGUGUAAUGUUUUCCUGAACUAGGUGAAAAACAGUGUUCGUUGUUUGCAGUAACUUCUUUGUUGUUGUAAAAUCGCAAACGGACGUGGCCGUUUCACCAUUAAAGAUUCCAGCUUUAACGUUACAUGGGUAUUAUUUAAAUUAUGCGAUGUAACUGAAUGUCUAGAAUUAGAACAACAUUCAAAUUAUAAAAGUUGGCCCAACUCUCAAAAUAUGCAGUGCAUUCGGAAAUUAUUCAGACCUCUUGACUUUUUCCACAUUUUGUUACCUUACAGCCUUAUUCUAAAAUUGAAUAAACUAUUUUUUCCCUCAGCAAUCUACACACAAUAUCCCAUAAUGACAAAAUAAAAACAGGUUUUUAGAAAUUUUAGCAAAUGUAUUAAAAAAUAAAAACAGAUACCUUAUUUACAUAAUUAUUCCGACCCUUUGCUAUGAGACUUGAAAUUGAGCUCGAGUGCAUUGUUUCCAUUGAUCUUCCUUGAGAUGUUUCUACAACUCGAUUGGAGUCCACCUGUGGUAAAUUCAAUUGAUUGGACAUGAUUUGGAAAGGCACACACCUGUCUAUAUAAGGUCCCACAGUCGACAGUGCAUGUCAGAGCAAAAACCAAGCCAUGAGGUCAAAGCAAUUGUCCGUAGAGCUCCGAGACAGGAUUGUUUCGAGGAACAGAUCUGAGGAAGGGUACCAAAAAAAUUCUGCAGCAUUGAAGGUCCCCAAGAAUACAGUGGUCUCCAUCAUUCUUAAAUGGAAGAAGUUUGGAACCAUCAAGACUCUUCCUAGAGCUGGCCGCCUGGCCAAACUGAGCAAUCGGGGUGAGAAGGGCCUUGGUCAGAGAGGUGACCAAGAACCUGAGGGUCACUGACAGAGCUCUAGAGUUCCUCUGUGGAGAUGGGAGAACCUUCCACAAGGACAACCAUCUCUGCAGCACUCCACCAAUUAGGCCUUUAUGGUAGAGUGGCCAGACGGAAGCCACUCCUCAGUAAAAGGCACAUGACAGCCCACUUGAAGUUUGUCAAAAGGCACUUAAAGACUCUCAGACCAUGAGAAAAAUAUUCUCUGGUCUGAUGAAACCAAGAUUGAACUCUUUGGCCUGAAUGCCAAGCGUCACGUCUGGAGGAAACCUGGCACCAUCCCUACGGUGAAGCAUGGUGGUGGCAGCAUCAUGCUGUGGGGAUGUUUUCAGCGGCAGGGACUGGGAGAUUAGUCAGGAUCAAGGGAAAGAUGAACAGUGCAAAGUACAGAGAGAUCCUUGAUGUAAACCUGGGGCGAAGUUUCACCUUCCAACAGGACAACGACCAUCAUUUACCACAGGUGGACAUCUUUCCAUUCUAAAUGAACUAAUAUGGUAGCUAUAUGACUUGCCUUUUUAUUUUAUUGUCUUACAUUAGGAUAGCAUUGUGCCAUCAGUAGGAGUAGUAACACCAAUGAGACAUUUUUGGUUAUUGAGGAUUUUCUUAACUGGAGGCCAAUGUCUGGGCGACCCGACCCAUUUAGUGGUGUGUGACUAUAGCUUUUGUUUGUGUAGACUGACACUGCAGAUGUUCUGUGUGCCUGUACUUGUUAUCUGUGUCCUGCAGGAUCAUGAUGAUUUGUGCCAAGCGGUCUCUAUGUGCUGCUUUCUCAGUGCUGCCCUAUGGAGAGAGUAUUCACCUCAGGUACAGACACAAAGCCCUAACCAACUAGAGCCCACCUCUGUCUCGCUAUAUGACCCAGCCAUCCUCUCGUGUGUCCUGAAUCGCCAUCAGGAAAGGAGUUGUGUUAUGAUGAUCACAGGUUUUAAUGUGGAGCUGCAUAAUAAUUAUAUAAUAUAAUAUAUGCCAUUUAGCAGACACUUUUAUCCAAGUGACUUAGUCAUGCGUGCAUACAUUUUAUGAUGCAUGAUGGUGACAUGAGUAGUUUCUCUUCCUGCCCACCCAGUGACCCAAAGCUGGAGGCUCAGAGACAACAGCUGUCCUCUGGGGUGGCAUCUGACCUGUUCCCUGGCCUGGAGGGCCUGAGGGUGGAGCUAGGUGCAUAUGGAAAGGUAAGGUUGAACUGGAGAGUGUAAUUGCACACUGUUUGUGCUUUGUGUUCGUUAACGUCUGUCUCUUUCCUCAUCAGACGGUAUCGUACGCCCAGUUCCUUUUCCCCACUAAUGCCUUGGUGAGGCCAAAGAGCAGUGGAGCACUAGAGCCCAGCACAACACAGACCCCCCUGUCAUGUUACCGAGGCAACGGCCAGAAGAACUACACCAUCCCGUCUCGACUCAACAGCACCAUAGGACAGGACCAGAGUAAGCUCCACUUCGCUAUAAUUGUUUUUGCAAUUAUUACUGUUGUCUUCUCAUUUAAAAUCAUUUUUACAGAUAUAGAAGACCUGGCAGACUAUGAUCCCUACCUACUCAGUGACCCUCAGUGGCCUUGCGGGAGACACAAGAGAGUUCUUAUAUUCUCAUCAUAUGUGGUAAUCAUUCAUACAACAUUCUACAUGUUACACACACCUCACCACAUGACUUUGUGACUAGACAAUACAUCACAUCACACACUGACAGUCCAGAAUGCCCUGAUUUUGUACAGUAGCACCAUUAUAAACAUAAAACAAUCCAUAUUAUAAAGAGAUUUUCUGACAAGUAAACUUUACCUCACAUAAUAAACAUUGCAUCAUAAUGCAAUCUCUAUGAAUAGGAUGAAAGCAAAGUUCUCAUAUUUAUCUUGUUCCCUGUCUUCCAGACGACUGUUAUUGAGUAUGUGAAGCCGUCAGACCUGAAGAAAGACAUGAAUGAGACGUUCAAGGAGAAGUUCCCCCAUAUCAAACUGACCCUCAGCAAGAUAAGAAGGUGCACAGUGCAUGAACACAUUGUACUUUUUUUGUCUACUGUCUGUAUCAUUCUCUGAAAAUCACAUUUGUAUCUUUGUCUCCAAACCAUGCAUUUACAUAUGGAAAAUCCUGCAUAUCUGCCUACCAUACACACCCAUGUGUAACCUAUAACCGCCCUCCUGUUUGACAGCCUGAAGUGGGAGAUACGUGCAGUGGGAGAGGAGUGCAGUUUGCAGCCGGUCACAGUUGCCAUGGCAUUUGUGUACUUUGAGAAACUGGUGAUGCAGGGCCGCCUGAACAAGCAGAAUAGGAAGUUGGUGUCUGCAGCAUGCGUCCUGCUGGCAGCCAAGAUCAGCAGUGACCUGAAGAAGCAGGAGGUCCGACAGCUGAUUGACGUGAGUGAAGUAGUUUUUUCACAUUUGCAUUUUAGUCAUUUAGCAGAGGCUCUUAUCCAGAGCAACUUACAAUCAAGUAGCACUCCUAACAUACAAUUAUAUUAUUCAACCCACCCCUUUGAGCAUGGCAUACAUUUUUUAAGAAUUAAAAAUACAGUACCUUGUGUUUUAAAAUGUAUGGAUAAUUUUGCUCACAUCAGGAUCACUUGAAUGAAUUGAAUUGUUACAGAGCAUUGGGCUGUAUUGUAGGAGGUUGUCUUCUUGUUCUUAGCCCCCCCCCCCUGCCCCCUCUCUCCAUGGUUGAGCAGAAGCUGGAGGAGCGUUUUCGUAUAAACCGCCGGGAGUUGAUUCCAUUGGAGUUCCCUGUCCUGGUUGCCUUGGAAAUGGGGCUCUACCUCCCUGACAGCAAGGUCAUGCCACACUACCGCAGGCUGGUGAAGCAGGGCUAAGCUGGAGCCUGGAGGUGGCCCAGAGAACUGGCCUGGGCCAGUGGAUAUUUAAGUCCUGAUGAUAUUGAUUGGAAAUGCUGAUCCUGGUGUAGCAGGCCAGCCCAGCCUACAUGCCCCUUAUUCAAACGGAGGAGGAAAAAAAACUGUUUAGGUACUCAAUAUUUAUUUUUAAUUCUUGAUGUAUUCAUAAACAUUUAUUUUGAUUGAAUGCAAUACAAUAUCUUAAUAACUUGAUAUGACAAUAUCCAAUAUAAUAUCUUGGUAUUAUUAUAUUAUUAUUUCUGGGGUGUGUAUGGCAUUCUGAUGUGAAUAUUUUUUUCAUAGAAGGGUUCAAAACCAUGUUUAUUUGUACAAACAGUACACCUUCAAUAUUUACUUAAGAAUAGCUCCACAACUGAGUGUAGGAUGGCAACCUGAUGGGGGUGUCUGUAAGAACACACAGAGAGGAGGGUAGCCGUUGGACUUUAUUAUUGUCUAGUUGAGGUAUUUUGGUCUUGAAGGCAUUGGUGCUCGGAUGAGCGGCAAUGAUGGGUUACAGGUGAUCAGAUGUAGAUGGUUUUAGUUGUCAAUAUACGCAUCUGUUGGUCUCCAUUGGUUUGGUUGCUUGUGAGAAGAAAGCUAACGAAUGCAGGUGAGAGCACAGGUGGUUGUUAUGGAGGUUAUGCAUGCUGUUUGAUGGAGGUGUGUGGCGACUGAGGGGCAGGCUGGGCCAUGGUGAGGAGUUUUUUUUUAAUGCUUUAUUGAAGAGAUGAUAGUGUUGGAAAGUCGAGUGGGGAGUUAAAGUGGUGGGUGCUUAUAGUUGUCCUAUUUCACACAUGUGCAAGUGGGCCGGAUUCGAACCAAUGCCUACUCUGGCAUACAUGUGUGCCGGGGUCAGCGGCUGUAACCGCAGGACCA